GCUUGUCUUAUUGUGUGUGUUGCUGCAAAUUACAGGAAGAAAAUUGUUGUGAGAUAUUAAUAAAAAGGAAGUCUUCGGGUUAUUUCGCCAUUAAAAUGGAAAGCUUAAGCUAUCGUGAAGUUAUGCCAACAAAUUCUUCCCAAGAGGAGUGGCAUGAAAUUACCCUAAACACCGGAGGUACCCACAGCACCUUGCAGGAUAUCAAAGUUGCGGAAAAGGCGGGUGGCUAUUGCUAUAAAAAUGUCACAUUAAAUCACAAUCGUAAUCGUUACAUCUAUUGGCGUUCAUAUCAGGACAUUUUGGAAUUGACUGAAAUAAGUCUGGAUUUCAAUUUGUAUCAAAACAAUUUGCGAUACAAAUUCACAGAUUCACCAGUGUUGGCGGUGACCAUAGCCGAGAGUGGUGAACAUGUGGUGCUGUUAGUCAGUACUGUGUGCAGCCUGCAUCGAAUUUCCUUUCCACAUCCGGAUUCGUUGGCAGACGGCUCGUGUUCUUCUAGUUCAUAUAGUAAUGCGACUGGAACCUCAAAUAUUCCUUCAGUGGAAUUUAAUGAUUCGCAAUCAUACUCAAUAUUUUUUGAUGCUAGCGUAACGGCAGCACGUAACCCCAGUAGUUUUUAUGUUAUUGACACACAGUUUCGGGGCUCAAAUAACCAUGUCCCACAUACUGCUUCCAGUUAUCUCUCUGAAAAUGGAGAAGAGGCAUAUUUUGCUUUAUCUUGCCAAAAUCAGCUGAUGCUAUACACAAUGAAUUGUGCUACGGGACAUACUAUUGGGAACCCAUUGAAGGAGCAUCACAUAAUGCCCAGAAUUUUUUCCAACAUUAAGGGAGCCUUAACGGGUAAAAGUGACACCUCUGAUGCAGAUCAUGCCAACUCAAUUGUUUUUACCUGCAUUAAUAACCAAAUCUUGUUGUUGGCUCUGUAUCGCAACGAUCAUCUGAGAGUUUGGUCCACUGUUAAUUUGCAGAGUUUAUGUGCCAUUAAUUGUGUGCGAGAGGGGAGUGAACAGCGCAUGCAAGGGCCCCAAAGCAAUGCGUUGCGUAAAAUCAGUGACACCAGCUUUUGUGCAUUCCUUUCACAUGCAACGGGCUCGGAAUUUGUUUGCCUCGAUUUACACAUCGAUCCCAGCAGCAGUUCCGGUUUAUCUCUGCAACGUCGCAAAAUUAUAGCUGCCCCACAAUUGGAUCUGACCGACUUUGAUGUAUGCAAUUCCAGAAUAUGGGCCUUGUGGAGUAAUGCCGAAGGAGAAUUUAGCAUUUCAAGUUUUUCACUUAUGCGUGGUAUGGGCAUGAAUUGGGUUUCCGCUGCAAUGGAGCCACCACCAGAUCGCUAUUGUUUGGGCAUGGAACAGGGUAUGGAUCCCAGAGAGGCGUAUUGUUCGUACAUAUUCCACCCAGGCAAAUUUGAACGCAGUGUAAUAGCCAAAGCAUUAUUUAUGUUCCGUCGCUCCAAUGUCCGUUUCGAAGGUAAACACUGCACCAUGACAUUAUUGAAGGAACAUGUCUGCCAGGCCAUCGAAGAUGAAAUCCAAAAUGAGGUCAAAGAUUUCGAUGUAUCUGACGAUGACUAUUUGGAAAUAUCCACCAGAAUGUGGGAGCGUUUCUAUUCUUGUUGCGAACAAUAUCACAUGAAGGCUUCGCAACCUAGCGGAUUAGUAAUUCUGGAGCCCUUAGAUGCUGUGUGCGUGGUAAAAAAGAACUCAUUCUCAUUGUUGCGUCCUUGUGAAACUAUUGAGCACAUCAUGUUGGCUGGCGAAGAUGUGGAAAUCGAUUUUGUGGUGCCUUUACAUUUUGGUGAUGCUGAGAAACAAGGCCGCGAUAUGAUUAAUUUGGUAGGAAUCCUGUCACAAAUAGAGAAAUGGUUACCGGAAGAUGUUAAAAUUGAUAUGGACAGAAAACUGUAUCAGUUGGAAAUGCCAAAUGUUUUGAUUGAAAAAUUAGCCGAAGAUCUAUUGGCUGGGGAUACCGAAAAGGAAUUGUUGCCUCGCAAUUUUUUGGUUUGCAUACGUCAAAAAAUUCAAAAUAUCAAAGAUUUGAGAAUGGCUAUAUCUAUGCUACUAGAUUGUCUACGCAUGGAAAAUGGUAAUCCUGAAACAACGCAAUCCAACUACACCCAAGUGUCACAAUCAACUAAAUUCCUAAUGUCUUUGGGAGCCUUAUUUGGCAGCCAGGUAGGAUUGUCAUUGCUGGCCGAAACGGUUCGACAAAAUUCCCUCAUACGCUUUGCCAUUUGCCGUAAUCUCCUGUUGCUGCAACAGAUUCUCAUAAACACCCAUUCCUUGCCUGUAGACAUUUUGGAAUGUUUGCGCUCGCAAUUUAUGCCUGAUGUUUUAAUUUUUCUACAAUCUUAUUAUGUCAUGAUCUGGAUAUCAGAAACUCCGGUCAAUAUAAACAACGCGGCAGGACUAGAGUCAUCCAUUCAGCGCCUUAAUCUGCUGCAAUUGACAACUGGCUCCGGUCGUAUUUACUCGAAUGGUGGCAAAUGUAAUUCAGCACCCCUAUUGCAGAUAUUCCUUAAUGCUAAGGGGCUGUAUACGGCUUUGGCAUUAUUCGCUGAUAACUUUAAGGUAUUGGAAAAUGUCACUUGGCAACAAACCCUGAUGCCUCUGGCCAACAUAGUUAGCCAACUUAUAUGGGCUGUCUCGUUCAAUUUUGUCUUUGGCGAAUGGUUGUUUAGCACCUGCCAGCAUAUCAUCAUUGCAGACUAUGUGCGCCUGCUCAACAGCUGGUGCGAAUGGAAUAUUUGCUCGCGACAAUUCAUACUGGCAGUUUCUCUACUCGACAGUGGUGAAUCACAAAAGGCCUACGAUUUAUUUUUACAAUCCGCCAAAGGUGUUGUCAAGGAACAAUUUUUGGCUGAAAAGAUUUUGAAAAAUACUUCCUAUUCAAGUUUAGUGGAGAACUUGACCGAAAUUGAAGGGGACAGCUCGAAACUAAAAAUUACCAAUCAAUGCAUUGCCCAAUACUAUCUGAAGGUAAUCCAAUUGUUUGAACAGCAUAAUGCUUUGGAUCACAUUAUAAGCAUGGCCCAAGUGGCCAUUGGUCUAUUGGACAAAGAAGAUCCCCAGCUGCCAAUGUUUCAGUCGAUUGUCUUCAACAAUCAUUUGCAGCUGGAACACUACGAGGAGGCCUAUCACUCUCUAAUAUACAAUGCGGAACUUUCGCGACGUAAAGAUUGCCUGCGGCAGUUGGUUAUAACUCUCUUUGCGCGUAAACGUUAUGAUUUGCUGAUGCACUUUCCAUACGUGGGUCUACAUGAGGAGUUUGAAAAUAUUGUGGAAUCCCGUGCCAGAUCUCAAUCGAUGGAUCAAAAUGAUAUUUAUGAUUUUCUUUACGCCUUUCAUGUGAACAAUGGCAAUAUGAGAAAAGCUUCGGCUAUUAUGUAUGAACAGAGUAUGAGGUACCAGUUGGAGGGAGAUUCCCUGGAGGCUUUAAACAAACGAUUUUCGGCAUUGCUGGUGUGCUUGAACUGCCUGCAUUUAAUUGAUGAACGUUACCGCUGGAUUGCCAAGCCCAUUAUAGGCGAUGAAUAUGACAUACACAAUUCUUCAAAAGACACAACCAUGGAUGAGGAUCCCGAUAAUAACGAUCACUCAACAACCUUCAAUAGAACCCAAGUAGUUGUCUUGGAAAUUAAACACAUCAAACGAGAACUUUUGCAUACAGAGGCACUCAUAAAUUUGGCUGGUCAUCGUAAAGAUGUGCAUUCGUUCUUAAAUGCAGGGCCUCAGGAACUUGGCAUGAUUUUGGCAAGUUGUGGUCUCUACACAACAGCCAUUAAGUUGGCCAAAGGUUUUGAAAUAACUUUGCUACCCAUAUUUGAUAGUUUGGCUUCGGCCUGUGUGCGUACCGCCGAUGAAAAUCCCAGCGAACCAUGGACUUGGCUGCAAGAAAACGAUUUGGCAGAUUUGCCACAUCGUAACAAGGCCUCAGAUAUGGCUUGGUCUCUGUUGCGUAAAUUAGUGGAAGAUAAUGAAGAGGAUAACUCAACACUUGUACGCAAAUCUGUCGUAAAUAAAUUACUUAGUCUACAAGCUUUUAUACCGCAAUGGCUUUAUAACGAUUACAAAUUAGCCAAUUGCUCUGAGUUGCUUCACUUGUUUGUUAAACACAAUCGUCUGCUGGAAGCUGCUGAAUUGGCUCAAGAAAUGCUGUCUGCCAUGUUAGGAGCGGGUAGUGAAUACUUUAGUUUUAAACAUUCAAUAGCCGUAACAAAUCCCGAAAUGUGUUUGCCCCUUAAUACUUUGGAUCUGCUGUUGCAUGGCUUAAAGGUCAAUGCAGACGAUAUUGAAUAUAAGCAGGCCCAAGUGGAGCUUGAGGAAAAAUUACAUAAAUACAUUGAGACAGCAACGCGCACAGCACAAGAUAAAAUCGAGAUGUCAUAUCAGGGCAAUCAUGGACGCCAGCAAACAUACAGGAGGCCCUAA